AUGGCGGGUCUUGACACUGCCGUGAGCUCCGGUGCCCACCUGGAUUCCGACCUGCGUCGGAGGAAUGUCCCUGCUUCUAGAGCCAAUGUGGACACAGCUCGGACGAUCGACGAAGAGAAGAGCAAAUCUAAGCAGUCCCCCUCAUUCCUCCAUGCCCUCGCUGGGUGGGAGCCGAUCAUCGUCCCAAUCAUUCUGACCGCCCUUGCCCUCUUCACUCGACUGUACCAGAUCGGCCGGUCCAAUAUUGUGACCUGGGAUGAGGCUCACUUUGGUAAAUUCGGCUCUCACUACCUGAAGCGGGAAUUCUACUUCGAUGUGCACCCACCGCUCGGAAAGAUGCUGGUGGGCCUCUCGGGCUAUCUUGCUGGCUACAAUGGAUCGUUCGAAUUCAAGUCGGGCGAGAAGUAUCCGGAAGAUGUGGACUAUACCUUUAUGCGAGCUUUCAACGCCGCUUUCGGCAUCGUCUGCGUCCCUCUAGCUUACUACACAGCUCGAGAGUUGAACUUCCGCAGAGCUACGGUCUGGCUGGUUAGUCUGAUGGUGCUGUGUGAAAAUUCAUACGCGACCAUCUCUCGGUUCAUUCUAUUAGAUUCGAUGCUACUUUGUUUCACCUUCACCACUACAAUGUGCUGGGCAAGGUUCCAUCGCCUGCAACGUGCCAGCUUCUCAUUGGAAUGGUGGACCUGGCUAUUCUUGACUGGCUUGAGCAUUGGAUGUGUCUGCAGUGUUAAAUGGGUUGGAUUCUUCUGCACUGCCCUUGUUGGCUUGUACACCAUCGACGACCUAUGGAACAAGUUCGGCGAUCUCAAGAUGCCACAGGCUGUACUUGCAAAGCACGUCGUCGCUCGCGUUGUGGGAUUGAUUGUGAUUCCGAUUUUAGUCUAUAUGUUUUCUUUCUACAUGCACUUUUUGGUGCUUUCGAACAGUGGCCCUGGCGACGCCCAGAUGAGUUCUCUCUUCCAAGCUAACCUGCGUGGCACAGAAGUCGGCAGGGAUAGCCCCCUCGAGCUUGCAAUAGGCUCGAGGGUCACGCUCAAGAAUAUGGGAUAUGGAGGCGGCCUUCUACACUCUCACGUGCAGACAUUCCCCGAGGGAUCCCAACAGCAGCAGGUCACUUGUUACCACCACAAGGAUGCCAACAACGACUGGUUCAUCUACCCCAACCGACAAGAACCGGACUAUAACGCUACCGCGGAUCUUCGAUUUGUAGGUGACGGCGAUGUAAUCCGAUUGAUUCACGGACAGACUGGCCGGAACUUGCAUUCUCAUGCCAUCCCAGCCCCAAUUACCAAAUCUCACCACGAGGUUUCCUCGUACGGAAACAUCACAAUCGGAGAUGACAAAGAUCACUGGAAAGUAGAGGUGGUUAAUGACGUUGCAUCUCGCGACCGCUCCAGGAUUCGGACUCUUACUACAGCCUUCCGGCUCCGUCACCCAGUUCUGGGUUGCUACCUUCGCGCAGGAAAUGUCAAUCUGCCUCAGUGGGGUUUCAAGCAGAUUGAAACCACAUGCGCCAAGGAGAACAAGCCUGGCGAUGUUUACACCCACUGGAAUGUUGAGUCUCACACCAACGACCGCCUACCGCCCGGUGACCCAGGCUCCUACAAGUCGCCAUUCUUGAAAGAUUUCAUUCACUUGAAUGUGGCUAUGAUGACUUCCAACAACGCCCUGGUCCCUGACCCCGACAAGCAGGAUGACUUGGCCUCCAAGUUCUGGCAGUGGCCAAUUCUCAAUGUCGGUCUGCGUAUGUGCUCUUGGGACGAUAGCGUUGUCAAAUACUAUCUCCUUGGAAACCCUCUUGUGUAUUGGGGAAGCAGCGCCGGGCUUAUUGGGUUUGGUCUUUUGUUCCUUUGGCACCUUCUCCGCUGGCAGAGAGGCUACAAGGAUCUCAGUAAUGAUGAUAUUGACCAUAUCCAUUACUCUGGGCUCUAUCCGGUCAUUGGAUGGGUUUUGCACUACCUCCCCUUCAUCAUCAUGGCCCGUGUGACUUAUGUCCACCACUACUACCCGGCCCUUUAUUAUGCCAUUCUGAAUUUUGGCUUCUGCGUUGACUGGGCGACACGGAAAAUGAACCCAAGAGUCGCCGCCGUGGUGUAUGGUCUGCUCUAUGUUGCUGUCAUUGGCCUGUUCAUUCAUUUCCGAGCCAUUGUCUUCGGCAUGGAAGGCUCCAAUCAGCAAUGGACUCACCUGCGAUGGCUACCUGGAUGGAAGAUUGCAAACCAAGCCUAG